GGAAACGGAGCUGCAAACUCAGUCCUGCUCCGCUGUACAGGGUGCAGGGCAGAAGGAGAGCCAAUCACCGAAACGCACGGGCUCCCUUUAAGCUCGACAUAUCUCCAACAGGAACAAAUUGUCCCAACAAUCAACAUCCCAAUCUGCUGCGCGCAUCAGGCUCCGGAGCGGAGUGGAUCGGCUGUAGGCCCGCGCUGCGCGGACUCAUCGCGCUGGAUUGCUUUACGAGGAGAGCCUUCAGAACCGGCUGUAAAACAGAGCAAGCAGACGACAACCAUAUUUGGAUAGCCGCGUUUCGGGCUGAGGAGAGAGCUCGGACAUCAUGUCUAUAUUACCGUCUUUCGGCUUUACGCAGGAGCAAGUGGCGUGCGUCUGCGAGGUGCUGCAGCAGGGAGGAAACCUGGAGAGGCUCGGCCGCUUCCUGUGGUCCCUGCCCGCCUGCGAUCACCUCCACAAGAACGAGAGCGUCCUCAAAGCCAAGGCGGUGGUGGCCUUCCACCGCGGGAACUUCAGGGAGCUUUACAAGAUCCUGGAGAGCCACCAGUUCUCCCCGCACAACCACCCGAAGCUGCAGCAGCUGUGGCUGAAGGCGCACUACGUGGAGGCGGAGAAGCUGCGCGGCCGGCCGCUCGGCGCGGUGGGGAAGUACCGGGUGCGGAGGAAAUUCCCGCUGCCGCGCACGAUAUGGGACGGAGAGGAGACCAGCUACUGCUUUAAGGAGAAGUCCCGGGGGGUCCUGAGAGAGUGGUACACGCACAACCCGUACCCGUCCCCGCGGGAAAAGAGGGAGCUGGCCGAGGCCACAGGACUGACCACCACGCAGGUCAGCAACUGGUUCAAAAACAGACGGCAGAGAGACAGAGCCGCGGAGGCCAAGGAGAGAGAGAACAGUGAAAACAACAACGCAGGCGGCAACAAACAGAACCAGCUGUCCCCUCUGGACGGAGGAAAGUCCCUCAUGUCCAGCUCGGAGGACGAGUUUUCUCCACCCCAGAGCCCCGACCAGAACUCUGCGCUUUUGCUCCAGGGCACCAUGAGCCACCCCGGGGCCUCCGCUUACCCCAUGUCCGGGCUGGGGGCCCCACAGCCGGUGCACGGCAUGCACGGACACCCACACCAACUGCAGGACUCCUUGUUGGGACCUCUAACCUCCAGUCUCGUGGAUUUGGGCUCUUAAAGAGGCUGCCGGGUUAUUCUGCUUUACAGGGGGGGGGGGGACCGGAGAGGACUGACGAGUGUAUCGGAUUGAAAACAUGUAUGGAAUAACACUAUAGUAGCCUACCUUAUAAUAUAGACUGACUUGUCUGUCGUUAAAUUUGGUUUAGAACAAAACUCCUUCACGCGCUUAGCCUGUGUAUCCCCUCUGCAGGAGCGCUCCUCAGCUCCUGCACGAAAACACCCAAACAGGACCUUUUUUGAAACUCUUAACUCAACGAGACACUUAAUAACCGGACUGCCCACGUGCUUAAUUUAUGAUAUUUUGUUAAGAUUAAAAAAAAAAAGAAUUAUAGCAACUUCCUGCGAUGGAAACUAAGAGGUAACGUUUUCAUUAGAGUCAUGAUAAUUAGUUUCCAAUAAAACAAAAGGAAUAGUG